AUGGGAAAAGAUGGAAUACUAAAUGAGGUGUGGAAAUAUGGAGGGGAGGAAAUAGAGAAAUGGGCAUGGGAGGUAUGCAGAAGGGUAUGGGAAGGAGAGGAGUGGCCGGAGGAUUGGAAAGAAGGAAUAAUAAUACCGAUAAGGAAGAAAGGAAAAGGAGAGAAGGUAACGGAAUAUAGAGGGGUAACAUUGAUGCCGUCGUUAUACAAGAUCUACACGGCAAUGUUAGCAGAAAGAGUGAGGGAAGAGGUGGAAGAGAAAAGACUACUGUCAGAGAGUCAAGCAGGUUUCAGCAAGGGGAUAGGAUCAGUUGAUAUGUACGUAUUGAACUACCUGAUCAAUAGACAACUAGGAAAGAAAGGAGGGAAAUUGAUAGCGAUGUUUGUAAAUUUAAAUGCGGCGUUUGACCAUGAAAGAAGGAGGGCGUACUAG